AGCCGCUGCUGUGCGUGGAACCAGAGCGGAGCAGAGCAGCGAGGCAGAGAUGGAAGGAGUCAGCAGCCACCGGACCCUGUCCUACAGCCGCUGGAGCUAUGACAGUGUCUUAGAUGAUGAGGGCAGUAACCUGAGGCAGCAGAAGCUGGACCGGCAGCGGGCCCUGCUGGAGCAGAAGCAGAAGAAGAAGCGCCAGGAGCCCUUGAUGGUGCAGGCCAAUGCCGACGGGCGUCCCCGGAGCCGGCGGGCCCGGCAGUCAGAGGAGCAGGCCCCUCUGGUGGAGUCCUACCUCAGCAGCAGCGGCAGCACCAGCUAUCAAGUUCAAGAGGCUGACUCACUCGCCAGUGUGCAACUGGGAGCUGCCCACCCAACAGCACCAGCCUCAGCCAGACGAACCAAGGCAGCAGCUGCAGCAGGAGGCCAGGGUGGGGCCUCUAAAAAGGAGAAGAAAGCGAAGCACAAAGGCGUCGGCGGGCCAACAACAUUGGCUGAAGACAAGUCUGAGGCCCGAGGCCCCGUGCAGAUCCUGACUGUGGGCCAGUCAGACCACGCCCAGGACUCGGGGGAGACGGCAGCUGGUGGGGGCACGCAGCCCCAUGGGCAGGACCUCCGUGCCGCGAUGCAGAGGAAGGGUAUUUCCAGCAGCAUGAGUUUUGAUGAGGAAGAAGAAGAGGAGGAUGAGAACAGUUCCAGCUCCUCCCAGCUGAACAGCAACACCCGCCCCAGCUCUGCCACUAGCAGGAAAUCCACCAGGGAGGCAGCUUCAGCCCCUAGCCCAACAGCCCCAGAACCACCGGCAGAUGUCGAGGUCCAGGAUCUUGAGGAGUUUGCCCUGAGGCCCGCCCCGCAGGGUAUCACCAUCAAGUGCCGCAUCACGCGGGACAAGAAGGGGAUGGACAGGGGCAUGUACCCCACCUACUUUCUGCACCUGGAUCGUGAGGAUGGAAAGAAGGUGUUCCUCCUAGCGGGAAGGAAGAGAAAGAAGAGUAAAACUUCCAAUUACCUCAUCUCUGUGGACCCAACAGACUUGUCUCGAGGAGGGGAAAGCUACAUCGGGAAACUACGGUCCAACCUCAUGGGCACCAAGUUCACUGUUUAUGACAAUGGAGUCAAUCCUCAGAAGACACCAUCCUCUACUUUGGACAGUGGAACUUUGCGUCAGGAGCUGGCAGCUGUGUGCUACGAGACAAACGUCUUAGGCUUCAAGGGGCCACGGAAGAUGAGUGUGAUUGUCCCAGGCAUGAACAUGGUUCACGAGAGAGUCUCCAUCCGGCCCCGCAAUGACCAUGAGACACUACUAGCACGUUGGCAGAACAAGAACACGGAAACUGUCAUCGAGCUUCAAAACAAGACUCCUGUCUGGAAUGAUGACACACAGUCCUAUGUCCUCAACUUCCAUGGGCGCGUCACCCAGGCCUCGGUGAAGAACUUCCAGAUCAUCCAUGGCAAUGACCCGGACUACAUCGUGAUGCAGUUUGGCCGGGUAGCAGAGGACGUGUUCACCAUGGACUAUAACUACCCACUGUGUGCGCUGCAGGCCUUUGCUAUCGCCUUGUCCAGCUUCGACAGCAAGUUGGCCUGCGAGUAGAGGCCUCCUCGUGCCCUUUGGGGGUUACUCGACGUGGAGUGGAGCUUGCCUGCCUGCCUGCCAGCGGAGACAGCCCUGCCUGCCCUCUGUACAUAGGCCUCCUGCCAGAUGAAUCUUUGGCCUUGAGUAGGCUCC